AGCCAGUAGAUGGGGGUGCGUGGGCUGAGCUCGUACGUAACGGGAUGCCAGAGGGCGUGCUCUGAGCAUGUGGACCUCAACUACGGUGGUUCCGAUCGGGACACAACUUCAGCAGCAGAUCGUGAUGGCCCCGUGAGCCUCGCCGUGGAUGGGCUGGCCUUGGUUUACCACAUCAUGCAAAACGCCGGGGUGCAUGAUCUUCGCCUGGAACUGGGGUGGGACUACGAUAAGGAAGCCACCACCCUGGAAAGGCGUCGCUCGCAGGCAGCAGACGCUUCCGAAGUGAUGGUUCUCAUGCAGCCCGGGGGGGAAGGGACCGAUGCCACCUUUCUCCAGCAGCACUGCUCCUCGCUACUCCCGCUUUUCGCUGUGGAAACCCUUGCGGCGGCGUGCAUCUCCGCCGGGGUCUCCAUAAGGUCGGCUGACAGAGAAGCAGAUCCCGAGCUGGCUGCAGCUUGUCAGGGCAAUGCCAGGAGUGUGGACAGUGGUCGAAGGAGGCAUCGAUGCCCGGCGUUAGACGACGCCGGAGGAGGCGUUGGCGUGGAGGGAGGGUGUGACGCGGUGCUGUCGAACGAUAGCGAUUUCUUGGUGAUGGACAUCCCCGGCUACAUCCCUUUCUGGUCGCUAGGAGUGGGAGCCGACGGGUCAGCGGGCGCGCUCGUCUUUCGUCGGACCCUGGUGGCAGCGAGGCUGGGGAUACCGGCUGAUUGGAUGCCCGACCUGGCGUGCCUCGUGGGGAACGACUGGAUACAGCCAGAGAAUCACGUCCACAGGCGAGGGCAGCUCUACAGCGAUGUUGGAUUCAUAGAACUGCCCGACCACCCUCCAUCGUUUUGUCUAUCGCCUAUCGGUUUGGUCAGGGUCAUCAUGCAGUCCGCGGCCACCAGCGCCGGGUGCAACAGCGGCCACGAGCGGAAACGGAAAGGGACGGCGGCACACAACGCGGGGGCAUUAGCGUCAUCAUCAGCUCCGUGGAGAAGGGGCGGCAACGGCAACGGUAGCAGCAGCAGCAACGGCCUAACCGGCGCCGCGUCAGCCAAGCAUCUCGUCGAAGCGACCGCCCGGUACCUCUCCGAAUUCCUCCGCCACAACAAAGUCCCUCGGGAUCGAUGCGGCGUAAAUGAUGCCGUUUCGCCCAGCCAAGUUGAUCCAGCAACAGGCGGUGAUGACAGAGGCCGCCUUCUCGCGGGUGAAGCGGACCAAUCGAUGACCCGCGAGCUGUGCGCUCGCUUUUUCCCAGCCCUGACGGCCGGCCGAAGUGGUGGCGUGUCUGGUGCCGAGGGGGCACACGGACAGGACGAAGAGUCACCUCAAACCGGCUUGGCUGGGACGUCGUCCACCAAGAGCGCCGGCCACCGUGCCCCCAAGCAACAGCGCGCUAGUAGGGCAAAAAAGGGUAAGGGACACAAGAACAAGCGGCCAAGCGGCAACGACCGCGGCGGCGGUAGCACGACCGGUUGCGGAAGCCGGGGUGGACAGCGGGACGCCGGGAUGGGCGAGGAAGACGCCGCGCGGGGGGGAAUCGACGCCGUGGGGGAGGAAGAAGACGGGGAAUCGUUUCUACGGGAAUUUCUUGCGGCCCGGCUACACUACGAGGUCCCACCUUUGUGUGCCGCGGGCGAGGACCAGGCGGAAGACGAGACGCUAUCGCACCCUUUAGCGACCACAGGUUUGGCGGCGACGGUUUCGGGGGGGGGGCUGGUGCUGUCGAGGGUGGGGCUGCGCGCAGGGAUCUGGGCCCCGCCGGAAAUCGCGCAGGCCGUUUUGGAAGGCGUUUUCUGGUGCAGGAUGAUGCUAGAGGACAGCGUCGCCCUCGAGAACGCUGUCAUCGAACCCGCAGCCGACUACACAGAGCCGACGCGCCCAACCGGUACUGAUUCCACCCCGUCGGGCACGGCAGCAUCCCACUCGUCCGCUUUUGCGAGCUUUUCCGGCGUGCGCAAGGGCAUUUAUGAAGUGUGUCUGGCACAGUUGGUCGGUGUUCGGACUGCAGGCUGUUUUUCCUGGGCCGCUACUCAAGACGACCAUUCUCGAGAUCGUUCCAUGGUUGUGGCCACGGAAGGGCUCCUGAACGAUUCCGCGGGAAAUUCAGCGCAAAGCGCCGUUCUAAGCUUCCGGGAACGUUGCGCCGCAUUCGCCUCCGGAGGCUCCGCGGUGCCGAGAAGAGAACCACAAACGACAGCAGCGUCAUUGCCAAAAGCAUCCACAGCGUCAAUACAAGCUCCAGCACCGGCAUCACCGCCAGCACCAGCGGCGACACCAUCACCACCGCCGCAAGCGGUAGCGGCAGCAGCGGCAGAACCGCUGGGGAGCCGCCAGAUUGUAGCCGGUGGUAGUGACAAGCAGCGCCGGCGUGGAGACAAGCCACGGCGGUUCAACGGGAACGACGCUUUGGGGCCACGGGCAGCGGCGGUGGUAGGACGGCGGCGGCAUGACCUACCUCCCGGUCGUGUGACAAGGGAGGGUGACGAGUUUGUGGUUCGUGAGUUCCGCCGGGUGGGGACGGGCGUGAAGACCUUCAGGGUCGUCUGCAAAGCUCCCGCCUCGCUGCGGCUGUCCGCUAGCACGAGCCUGCCGAUGCGGUGGAACCUGUGUCUCUCCACGCUAGGCCUCGCCCGGCGAGAUAACCGGCUUCUCACCGCGCUCAUGGACUCAGAGGUGCGCGGGAAGCCGAGAAUGGCGAGCAGCAGCGGUCAAACCUGCAGUAGAACUGACUCGGACGGAACAGAAGUUGGCCAAGGAGGCAACCGUGCUGGCCGUACUCCGAUCCGGUUGACCGCCGUAGCUCUUGUAGCGGCUCUACUACUCUCCGGCAACACCUCCACGCUAAGUUCGUCGGGACGAGGAGAGGAGACAAGCGCGGCGGCGAAAGCCUCUUUAUCUCUCGGGAGUUCGUGGCGAGCAAUCGAUGUCUCUGCUGGCGGCAAUGGAGUGGGCAGUGGCCGAGAAGGUGAGAGUGCGAUCGUUGUGGCGUUCGUGACCACCGUUACUCGGUGCUUCUGUGGCGGCGGCGGCGGCGGCGGCAUUGGCUGUCAUGGCCCUACCCUCUCCACCGCGGCAUCAAACACCGAACGAGGAAUUGACACAAAAAAAGCCCGUACCCCGAGGCAACCCGGAGGAGUGGAUAACGUGGGCACGAGCGCAGCACCGGCAGCCGCAGCACCGCCUUUACACAGCAGCCGAAGUUGCGGGUGGUGUCCACAAGCACUAGAUGGGCAAGGAGAGGAAGGCGUUAGUGGCAGUCCCAAGGGUGCUCAAGAGGCGAGAACGUUUGUUAACCUGUGGAGCAAGGCGCAAUCGGCGGCGUGGCACGUCAAUGCUUGCCUCGCCGCGCUCAGGCUGAUAGAUGAUAAGGGUGGUGGUGGUGGUGGUGGUAGUAACCGUUGCGAAGGUGGACGGUAUAUUGCCCCCCUGGACUCUCUGAGCUUGCGGCCAGCGCUAGCGUUCACAAUUUUCCGGCAGCAGACUCGCGGUCAGCCCGUUCCAGGACAACAGGGACAGAGCCAGCAACCUACGUCGAGAAGCUGCCAACAGCAGCAGCAGCAGCAGCAGCAGCAGGAGCAGCAGCAGCGAAGCGCUGUGGCAGCUGCCGCUGUAGGCGUAGACGACGGUGACGGCCGGCAGCAGCCACCGCGGCAAGAAGCGGGGACGCGCUCUUCACUAGGCGGUAAAGAAGGCGCGAAGAAUUCGCUGCCGAUUGGUUCGAACAGCAGCCCCGGAACAAGAGCACCUCCCGUACACCGAAGGAUAUCUCCGAACGACGACCCGGCGGAGAAGUCGCCCCGGAAGGGGGCCCCGCACCGUGGACCUAUCUUCGAAGGGGAUACCACGACGUUGCCCGGAGAGUCACAGCCUGAACAAACAUGCUGCGUCCACACUCCGAUUGGGGGGAGCUGCGGUUGGACGCGGCGAGUUGAGGUCGUUUUGGACGCGGCCGGUUUCGUGGGGUAGUAGUGUGGAAGUGGCACUAGCCUCUUAUGUUUCUGUGAAUGGUAUCCUAUCCUGUGGUAUGUAAGUUAUGUUCCAAAGGCUAAUGGUGUUCCCAAGGCUGGCUUGCGGCUGCGAAAGCUGACAACAGAAUCAUUGGUCCGUUGGCAGUAUCGGCGAACAGUGGCAUGGAAUCACGUAUCUAUGAAUCGGAGGCUUCGUGUGAACCGAUAGCUGGCAAAUGUCCACAGAGGCGCAUGCCCACGAGGGGAACCUCGAACCGUCUUGCUGCACGUGGGUGCCUGCAGUCUUUGUCGGAACACGAAUCGGAAAGCGGAAGAGGUGCUGCCACUUUUGCA